AUGUCCUCGCACAGUCGUGCUCACUCGAUCAAUGGCGAUGGAAACACCAUCUCUCGAGCGACGAGUGUUUCUCGACGGUCUGCGAUGAGCAAGAACCAGACUCUUAUUCGCAAAAGCACGGCCGUUCAUGAGCUUCGUCCGUCGGAUAUUCUUAUCGAGCGCUUUACGGCGUACAAGCAUAUUGUCAAGCAGCUCGUUGCGUACUUUGAGGGGGUUGCCGAUAUUGAGAGUAACACGGCGAAGGAAAUGACCAAACUCGGUGCCGUCAUUCAAGUGCCGUUCAAGGCCGGCAACCAAUUCAUGGGCGAGGGUGGGCUCCAGGAUGUGUACUACACCAUUCGAGAUAAGACGCGUACAAUCGCGGACCACCAUUCGAACCUCGCGAAGACGGUUGAAGGCUCGAUAGUACAGCACUUGCGCAAGUUGCAUUAUGAGAUCAAGGCGCACAUCAAGAACGUUCAGAACGAUACGGGCAAGCUGGCCACCUCGGUUGCGCGCGAGCGCGAAAUGUCCACCAAGCACAUCUCGGACCUUUCUCGUGCCAUUGCGAUGUUCAAGAACACGCCUAUGCAAGUCACUGCUCGCGAUGACCCCUACGUCAUGAACCAACUCGUCAUUCGUCAGCUCCAAAAACAAGUUCACGAGGAAAACGCGCUUCAAAAGUCUAUUAUUAUCAUGCAACAAAACUCGGCACACUUUGAAGAAGGAGUUGUUCGUUCGAUCCAGAGCGCAUGGCAGACAUUUGAAGAAUGGAACUCGCGCAUGAGUGCCUCGGUCCAGGAGACGUGGCGCGUAAUGGGCAACGCGAUGGCCGCGCUCGCUCCUGAUCGCGAAUGGAUCUCCUUUGCGGCCAAGUCGGACCACCUCUUGGAUCCUGAGACGCCACUGCGUAACCCUGACACAGUCGAGUAUCCCUCCAAGGACGACCCAUCGGUCGUUCCUGUUCACGUUGGCAUUCUCGAGCGCAAGAAGCGGUUUACACGCGCCUAUCGUGAAGCAUACUUUGUUCUCACCCCGGCUGGUUAUCUGCAUGAAUUCGUCUCGUCUGAUCCUCACGUUCGUCAGACUCCUCAGUUCUCAUUGUUCUUGCCUGCCUGUACCUUGGGGCCGCCGAGCAGUGCCAAGACUGCCCGGUCCCACAAGUUCCACAUCGAAAGUAAGACAGAGAAGGAUGGCCCCAAACCUACUGGACUCGCGAGCCGCGCGGGUAGCUUGCUUGGUCGCAACCAGCACGCAUACACGUUCCGCGCACGCAGUCACGAAGAGAUGAUGGAGUGGUGGAAUGAUAUUCGUAUGCUCGCCGCUCGAUACCUCGUUGCCUCGGAGCAGCUCGAACGAACGGGUCCUGUUGCUGCUGCUGUUCGUUCUGCUGGAUACCUCAGCGAAGAAGAAGAUAGCGGUGAAGAAGAAGGAAGCAGCGUUGAAGAAGAAGACGAGGACGAAGAAGAAGAUUAUCACAACGCACGCGAUGGGGAUGAGGAAGCCGUACCAGCCUAUUCACAACCCACACGCGAGUCGGGAAUUGAGAUGGGGGCGAACGGAUAUGCGCUCGAGAAGAAGCCGAGAGGCUACAGUGGUGGAGACGGCAUGGGCGCAGGCGAGCCCUCGACCUCGGAUGGCGACCUCGCCCGAAGGAUGAGCAGGCGCCAAGAAAAGGCUCCCGAGCGAGGGCGACUUCUCCUGAACAUGCUCUUCCAUCGUCUCCUCCCGUCCGACUUCUACAAUCACGUUGACACGGAUACACCGUCUCAUGCCCCGGUGUCUGACACUGGCCAUGCGGAGGAGGCUUCAAAUACCGCCCCGCCCGAGACAAACGGGACCGCCAACGGUGUGACCCCUGAGCCUGCCCACGAAGGACACUCGGGUGGAAUCAUGAGCAAUUCAAGGAGAUGCUCAAGUAAAUAUAUCAAGACUUCUGGGGUGCUGGUCGCGGAUUUGUUUGAAACUGUAUCGGUAGCAAGACUGACGCGUAUUAUCUUCAUUUUAAUUCGACGUAGGUGA